AUACACCAGUUUAAGAGCAGACCCAGGUCCCUCUGAAGCAGAAAAGUAUUACGGGGAGGGAAAAAAAUGAAGGCUGCGAUGUUUGCGCUGGUUUUGAUUUGCCUUGGAAGUGUCUGGUCAUCCGCAGGAUCCCAGCCACUUGAUAGCAGUAUAAUCCAUAGCUCACCAAAGGACAUCCAGAAGCUCAGUCGCCGAUAUGCUGAAUCAACUAUUGCCAGCGACAUUAGCAAAAUCGUGGACUCGAUGGUUCAGAAAAACUUUGUGAACUUUCUGCUGAAUCAGAGAGAGAAGAAGAGCGAACCGGCUCUGACUGAAGAUCCAGAAUCUCACAUCUUCAAUGAUCUGCUGAAGAAGGAGUUUGUAAUGUGGAUUCAAAGUAAAGGCGACACUUUCAAGAAUCAAUAAUGCAUGAAAGGACACACUUUUUAAGUGCAAUUUGAAGGUCAGACUGAAACUCUUGAGGAAUGUAGAGCAGAUACUUUUAAAUCAUUAGUCAAGUGUCUUGUUAUGUAUCUAGAAUGUAAAUCAUAAUUAAAUUGCUUUUAAAAGCC